ACUUUCGAUUUGAUAUAUUUUUGAAAUGUAAUGCAUGUAAGAUCAAAGAUUUGGACAGUAAAUUAAGGCCGUAAAUGAGAGAAAUAGCAUCCGAGCCCUCAGGGUAAAGCGUGCAGGCUGCAGCUUGCCUGUCUAGCACACACCUCCAAGUUCUUUACCAACCCAAAGUUCCUACUUGUACACUCAGCCAAAAAAGGAGCACUCUGAGGAUUCCUGGCUUUGGAAAGGCAGCGCUAAAACUCUCAUUUAAUGUGCUGUCACAAUCAGCAUGGCCUACCCUCACAUCAACGUGACCAACCGCUCCAACUCCAGCUCUUUCUGUCAAUUUAACGAAGACUUUAAAUACAUUCUCCUUCCCGUCAGCUACGCCCUGGUUUUCGUCGUUGGUCUGGCGUUGAACGCCACAGCUCUUUUUGUGAUGGUGUUCCGCACAAAGCGAUGGAAGCCUUCCACCAUUUACAUGUUCAACUUGACGAUGUGUGACACACUCUACAUCUUCACCCUUCCCUUCCUCAUCUACUACUAUGCCGACGAGAACGACUGGCCCUUCAGUGAGCCGAUCUGCAAGCUGAUACGCUUCCUGUUUUAUGCCAACUUGUAUGGCUCCAUUCUAUUCCUCUGCUGCAUCAGUCUCCAUCGGUUCCUUGGUAUCUGCCAUCCCGUCCGCUCGCUCAGCUGGGUCAGUGCGCGUCGGGCCAGACUGGUGUCUGUAGCAGUGUGGGCAUGUGUUUUAUCCUGCCAGGCUCCAAUUCUCUACUUUUCCAGAACAAGGGAUGUAAAGACAGGGCAAAUCUGCUAUGACACCACCAGCCCAGAGCUUUUUGAUGACUUCCUGGUGUACAGCUCAGUCGUGUCAGUGCUCAUGUUUGCCUUGCCCUUCUUGGUGGUGAUGGUUUGCUAUGGCCUCAUGGUGCGGAAGCUUCUGGAGCCCGGCUGGGGGUCUAAUGAGAGAGGUGAAGGUGAAGGAGGCGGUCUGAAGGCAGAACGGUCAAAGCAGAAGUCUGUGAAGAUGAUCAUUAUUGUGCUGGCAGCGUUCAUGCUGUGCUUCCUUCCUUUUCACCUGACCAGAAGUCUUUACUAUUCAUUUAGAUACCUGAGACAGGUGAAUCCAUCACAGAUCAGCUGUGGUUUGCUGGAAGCUGCCAGUGUGGCCUACAAGGUGACGCGACCUUUAGCCAGUGCCAACAGCUGCGUGGACCCCAUCCUUUACUUCCUGGCAGGACGGGACGCUCGCAGCACUCUCACCAAGAAGAGCAAACUGUCCUCACAGAAACCCACCAGGAGCUAUUGUUUGACCACAAAACUCUGAUCCCCUUUAUAAACUUAAGUGGAUUCAUUCUUAAGCUGUUUUUUAAGCAGCUCAUAUAGUUGGAACAUCUGGCUUUUUUUUUUCCCAAAAAUGAAUAAGGAUUUAACGGCAUGUUGUACACUACUUGGCAUUUUUCCCAUAUUCCUCGGAGUAAACAUUUUUACAUUUCACACUACUUUUGAAUGUCUGAUCUUUUGUAAGUUGCUUCCUGACAGAGAGUAUCAUUUAUAAGAUAUUUUAUCUCUACCUCUAAAUCUCACUCUUUAAAAAACACAAUGUGUUAUGAUAGACCCAUAUCCUCUCGCCUGUUCCAACUGGAAGGACAGAAAGCCUCUUUGUACAAGUCUUGCCAAUGAAAUAAUAAUGCCUGUUCAUUGCUGAAAUAAGAAUAAAUUAUUGAAAUGCUAAUUUAAUUGUUAGAAAUGUCAAUACAAUUUACACUAAAAAUAAUAUUUCCAAUAUUGAGAUACAAUCCCAACCAGCAAGUGCUUUUGUCACUGUACUAAUUGAUUAUCUUUGACUAUUGCUGCUUAUUUGCUCAAUAUUCCAGUUGAUUUGCAUACAUGUAACUAGUCAAUACUUUCAUUUAUUUUCAUUAGCUCCAAAGGAAAUCUCUAAUAAGCAACCCAAAGUACCUCCAAUGGUACCAAGGUUUGACAAUCACGAGUCAAGUCGUUGUAAUGUGUAGAGAUCAGCAGUAGUGGGGUGGUAGUUACGAAGGAAUU